AUGUCGUUAACAAACUGCCGGUUCUACGAGGACAAGUAUCCUGAGGUGGAUAGCUAUGUCAUGGUCAAUGUCAAGCAGAUUGCCGAGAUGGGCGCAUACGUGAAGCUUCUCGAAUACGAUAACAUCGACGGAAUGAUCCUGCUGUCCGAACUUUCGCGCAGACGUAUUCGCAGUAUUCAAAAGCUCAUCCGUAUCGGACGUAACGAGGUUGUCAUUGUCCUCCGUGUCGACAAGGAGAAGGGAUAUAUCGAUCUUUCUAAACGUCGUGUCUCUCCCGAGGAUGUGAUCAAGUGUGAGGAGCGAUACAACAAGAGCAAGGCCGUGCACUCCAUCAUGCGCCACGUCGCCGAGGCGACCCAGACCCCUCUUGAGACUCUCUACCAGCAAAUCGCAUGGCCCUUGAACCGCAAAUACGGCCACUCCCACGACGCCUUCAAGCUCUCCAUCACUAACCCCGAUGUCUGGAAAGACACCGAGUUCCACAGCGAGGCCGUGAAGAACGAGCUUCAACUUUACAUUAGCAAGAAGCUCACGCCCCACCCCACCAAGGUCCGUGCCGAUGUCGAGGUCACUUGCUUCGGCUACGAUGGAAUCGACGCCGUCAAGACCGCCCUGCGCACCGCCGAGGCCGACAACACCCCUGAGAACCAGAUCAAGACCCUCGGUAUCCAGAUGCUGGGGGCCGCGAUUGAGAGGAUUGCUGCGAACAUCAAGGCUGCCGGCGGUAACUGCUCCAUCAAGAUGGCCCCCAAGGCCGUCACCGAGCACGAUGAUGCGGUUCUUGCUGAACUCAUGGAGAAGCGUGAGCGGGAGAACCAGGAGGUCAGCGGUGACGAGGACUCCGAGAGCGGCGAUGACGAGUAA